GUUGGUGUAAAAGGUGGUGUAAAAGAACUGAUUCAACAUUAUGAAAAUGAUGUUUUUGGUAGACGUAACAAGCUUUUAAAGAAAUGUCAACAUUUGAAAAAAAUUAUUGAUCGGCAAAUCGUCAAUAUAAUUAGAACCCAAAAUGUCACUCCUGAAGAUUUGGAAGAAGAAUACUCAGCUAAUGAAGUAGAAGAAAAUGUUUUAUUGAACGAAAUGGACACAUUAACAGAAGAAGAAAAAUAUGAUAUUGAGUCUGGAAUUGAAGAAGUUAUAAUUGAAACUCAAUAUUCUACAGAUGAAAAUACAUUCAUGGACACUAAAAUCGAGCAGAUAGAUUCUCUCUAUGUUGAUAGUACAGAUAUUGGAGUGAAAAUAAAUACUGGUCCAAAAAAUAUUGAAAAUUUAAAAAUCAACGCAAUUAACAUAAAAGAUAGAAAGAUAUACAAUUCAAGAAUUUCAAACUCUGACAAAACAAUCAAAUUUGAUUAUUUAAAGCCGUUAGGUGAUCAUUCAAUAUUUAAUCAAUAUGGGCAUUCUAGUAAAAAGGAAAAACUUACAGAGUUGAAUUAUUCUUGUGCUUCAAAGAGUGAUCCUGAUCCUCCAAAAUCGGAAAAAUCAUUUGACUUAGAUACUCCAAAAAAAGAAAUGAAACACAUAUACUCACCAAUAAGAGUAUCACAGCAAUUUCAGCUAGAUGUACCUCUUGAAGAUGAAAAUGAUCUAGGACUUAGUGAAAUGGCAGAUCAAUUAGAUGAAGAUUUCAAUGAUUAUCAGACUUCGUUUAUAGAUGACAAUGUCCAAACAAUUUAUGUYCAUACAAUGUCUGAUAUUGAUGAGGCAAUGUCUUUGGAAGAUGACAAUGAUGAUAAUUCUGUUCAAAUCAUUCCUGUAGUUAACGAGAAUGAUGAUUAUGAUUCAAACUUUGACUAUGAUAUAGUGUCUGUGGAUUCUUUUAUUUAAAAUUUAAAAYGAUAAUGGAAAUUCUAUUAAUCAGGUAGUAAUUUAAUAUAUAAUUAUUUAUUUUAGACUAGGAAAAUAUUUUUUUAAAUAAAUAUUUAAAUAGGUAUUAAG